AUGAGUAUUUGUCAGUAUUUUUUAGAAGGACGAUGCCGAUUUGGGCAAAAUUGUAGAAAUGAACAUUCUUUUCCACAAGAUGAUAGAAACAAUAAAAAUGCCGCAAAUUCUUUACAACUGAAAAAUAUAAUCAAACAUAUUGCUGGUGAAGUAACAGCAGCUGAAAAAGGUGGACAAUGGCCUUUGUCAUGUUUUGCUCCAGUAAAAGAAGGACAAAAUAUACCAGAAUGGGAAGACAUAUCACCUGAAGAAUUACGAUGGAAAAUGUAUGAUGCAAGAAAUAAAGGAACGCUAAAUCAAUGUAUUAAUGAAAUUAAUCAUUUAUACAGAGAGGCAGAGAAAAGAAGAAAUUCAUUAAAACAACCAACAAUGGAACAAAUCAAUUUCAUUGUAAAUAGUUUAUCUUAUUUUAAAUUAAGUGUCAAUAUGUUAAAAGAUAAAAAAGACCAAUCAAAAGUUGCUAAUUCUUUCAUAUCGACAAGUAAUGUCAGUAGUGGUCCAUCAAUAUUUGGUGGAUCAUCAGCAAACUGUAAUAAUUUAUUUGGAAAUGUAACACCUGGACCUUGUGGAAACAUUUUCGGAGGAACUCCUGCACAACCAACACAAGGCAAUAUUUUCGGUGGAAAUACUACAAAUCAAAAUGUUUUUGGCGCAUCUACGAAUAGCUUUAACCAAAAUAUUUUUUCAUCGACUGCAAAUUUGUUUAACAGUACUCCCACUCCUGCUGCCGCUUCAUCUAAUCCAACUUUUUCUAAUCAAAAUAUAUUUUCAAGUAAUCCUCCCGCUACAAAUUCGACAGCAUUUUCAACAUUUAGUUUUUCUAGUCCAACUCCCUCUAGUAAUUCAUUAUUUGGUUCACAAAAUGAAAUUUUUAAAAAUGCUAAUGUGUCUUUCAAUAAUCAAAGUAACAUUUUCGGUGGGGGCAAUCAACAACAAGCUAACACCUUCGUCAGUGACAACUCGACACUUUUUAAAACGAAUGCAGUGUCAGGGCAAAAUCAAUCGAAUUCACAAAUUAAUAAUUUUACCUUUAGCCAACCUGUUGUCGAUGUUGAUUAUAGUGUUUUUUCUAAAAUGGAAGAUCUCACUCGAGAAGAAAUUGAUGCUUUUUCAGCUGCUACUUUUGUUUUUGGCAAAAUCCCAUUGAAACCUCCUCCUUUAGAAACAUGCAAAUAG